AUGGAGCUCGCAGCGGCUGUCGUUUUCUGCCGGCACAGCGGGGAAGUCACGCGGCGGAGAGGCAGCAGGGGGAACGCUUACUGGCGGCAGGUGUGGCGCGUGAUCCGGCGGGGGAAUCCCGGAUGGCGGCGCAUCCCGACGGCGAUGUCGCAGCAGCGGAAGCGCAUGAAAUGGCGAUACGACGCGGAGACGCUCGUCCCGCGGCGGAAGCGGCGGCGGCGGCGGGGGACGGGGCGGUGCCCCGCAAAUGGGACGACGGGCGCGGAGCAGCUGGCGUGGGGCGCGGAGCAGAGAGGUGGCGCGAGACAGCAGACGGGGGGCGCAGAGCAGCGGGCAGGGGGCGCUUUGGGACAGCAGGCGGAGAGCGCGGAACAGCAGGCAGGGAGCGCGGAGCAGCAGGCGGGGGCCUCGGUUCAGCAGCGGCAGGGAGGGUCUACUAACGCGGAUGAGCGGGCCAUAGCAGAGGAGAGCACAUUCGAGAGGAAUGGGUCGAAACCACCAGCAUGGUUUGAGUACAUUCGCAUGUUCUAUCGGACUGAGCUGCAGGCGAGGAAAGACGUUGCUCGGCGGCAGCAGCAGCUGCAGCAGCAGCAGCACCGACAGCGGCAGCAGCAGCAGCAGCAGCAGCAGCAGCAGCAGCAGCAGCAGCAGCAGCAGCAGCAGCAGCAGCAGCAGCAGCAGCAGCAGCAACGGGGGCAGCAACAGCAUCAGGGACAGCAAGAGCAGCAGCACCAGCAGCCGCAGCAGCAGCAACAAAAGCAGCGGGGAAACAGUGGGCCCUCCCCAUCAUCAUUACCCCCACAGGCAAGGGGCGCAGCAGCAGCAACGGGUGGUUUGACUGCUGGGGGAAUCUCACUACGUGGUAGGGCUGGUGGGAUGCAUGGGAGGGAGCAGCGGGAGCGGAAUGAGGUAAGAUCAUCAAGGAGAGGAACAGAGAGGUUCGCAGGAGGUAGAAAGGGUUCGAGUGCAGGGGUUUCGGGCAAGAGGUUAGGUGGGAGGUUGGGCGAGAGGUUGGGCAAGAGGUUGGGCGACAGGGUGGGUGAAAGAUUAACUGCUGCCAUGGGUGCGGCUGUGAGAAAUGCGUGCCUUCAGUUUGAUGAGCUCACUCGGGAGUUGUUAGCAGAUGCUUACUCGCAGUUUGAGGAGCUUUCACAGCGACUGGCAGAAGAUGCUUCUGCUCAGUUUGAGGAGAUCGCGAGAGAGCUAAUGGAGGAGUGUGCGACGGCUAGUGGUGUAACGGGUAAUGGCCAAGGUGCCAAGAGGCGGUAG